AUGGUGGCGUGUGCUGCUGUGGCCACUCAUCCUCCAAUUUCGCUGGCAGUGCCCAUGACAUCUUGUGCACUGACCGUUGAGCAGCUCAAGCAACAUCUCCUCGCCGCCAUCGAAAAUGGGAAGAGUGAGGUUGCAUGUGAUGUUCUGUCGGAGCUUGAGAAGUCCAACAUCACAAAGGAAAUUCUUGAGACUCGAUCAGCAUCGAGUACCACGUCUUCUGCCAAUGGAACACCGAACAUGGUGUCACCUAGUAUUGCUAAAUUAUCACGUAGAGUUACUCCGUGUACACCGGUGAAUAGACGUAUCACAUCUACAGGUCUUGCAGGAAGCGCUGCUAGUAGCGCAACGGUCUCUCCUGCAAAUGGAAGUUAUGCUCCUAAGGAGCUCACGUCCCCUAGUAAUGGAGUGUUACAUAAAUCGCAGUCUGUAGGCUCCGACCUAGUGCACCGCGGAGACGACCCACGGAACGGGAAAAGGAAACUUGAGGAUGGCGGCUUAAGUGUAGCGAGUGCACCAUCGUCUGGAAUGAAGCGUACCAAAACUGCAAUUGGUUCGCUGGCUUCCCCGGUCACUCCCACGGUUUCGGUACUAGCUGCACGAAAGGCAGUUCAAAGUACAAAAGACUUGGUAGCUGAACUUAGUCAAAAUCUUCCGGAACAUAUGAGUAUUGACUCAUCAAUCCGUGAACAUGAAGAACGGGUAAAACGCGAGCAGCAAGAUGAAGAGUAUGCCAUGCAGCUGUAUGGUGGAGCGUCAACGAGCACUCCGUAUUCGCAGCCUGAAAGGAAAAAACGGAAAUAUGAACGUAAAAUGAAACCGCAGGAUUCGCCGGCAGAGUCUACUCCGGUCUCUUCCGUUUCUGGUCGUUUUAUCCUUCGUUUGCCGCGCGUUGCUCCUAUCAAGGAAGAAUUAGAAGAUGAAUCGGAGCAGACGUCGCGACCAUUGUCCUCAACGACAUCCUCGCGUCCUGACAGUGCUGUAGCCGGUCCAUCUAGUGUUGCUGAAAAUCGAGGGAAAGUAGAUUGGCUGGCAAUGCUGCCGUCUCUAGAAGAGUUACGUAGAAAGGCAGAUGAAAUGAAGGCUUUACGUGAGCAAUCGAAAAAAGCGCCUCAUCAUCCGACGAAGGCAUACCUUAUACACGUGAAAGAUCGUGAUAUUCUUGCUCUCCCAUAUUUGGAUGUUCCAACUGUGCCCGACUUUAUUCAAUACAGGUAUCCUAACCCUGCGCAAUAUUAUGCAGAGGAAAAUUUUAUUUAUGGCGCUCCACGUGAGACAUGA